AACCGACGUACGGAGUACGAGGACGGAGGCUAUCCGAACUUGAGUCGCAUAGCAAGCAGGACGUAACUAGGAUGCGCGAGAUGAUUUCCUUCUUGUACCCAGUCUAAGUGACAAUCUCACGAAGAAACCUGAUCUCCUUUUGUCUGCAGAGAGGGAAGCCGAAGGACCACAGGAAUACCUGGAUCUCGCAGGCAGAGUGGCGGUGGCUGUGGUGAUAGAUCAACCUCGAUAUCUCUGGCGUGCCCGUCAGGCAUAACGAAUUGUAUCUAUAAAAUGCAGGUUUGGGCACACCAUUCAUAAGCUUGACCUGGUUUGUUUGCCAUGAAGACGACCGAAUGACAAAGCCUCCUUUUCCACAAACGGAGCACGUCUCUCCUAAACUAUAGGACUCUGCGCUGAUCGGAAGGUACAGCUAGUGAGGAAGGCGGCCAUUUGAAGUUGGUGUUGCUUUCUCAACCAUUCCAUCGCCAUUGUGCUUCCCGCCCUGUUUGCCGCCAACUCAAUCGCUUCAAUCCAUUGCAGGUUUCUUUCCCUGCUGAGGGAGUUCAACAAGAGGACAAGGCAUCAACAACACCAUCAGAUUCAAGCAUACGAGGCAACUCAGCUGGCCUGCUAUACCUACCUACUCCCAUAUCUCUUCGGUCGAUCUCCUUUCCUCACACCUCGAUACCCUUGGGACUCAUGGUCAACCGAUCGGGCUCCUGAAGUCUUCUCUUCAUGUCUCUCUGGUUAUUCAUUCGCCUUUGAUUGUAUCUUGCAUUAAGACAAGCCGCGACCAUGAGCGACCAUGAGGGCGAAGGCCUCGACCUUGAAAGAUGGGAGGUAGCCACCUUGCCAGGCGCGUCAGUCUACUCCUACGCCGCAUCAGACGUGGCCUAUCAAACAUUUGUUCCCGGCGAGACAUCAUUUCACCCGCCCACCGCACCUCGUUAUAUGCCUCCAAGAGAGUCCUCAGAUCGGGUCAUUUCUCAGAAGGUCCUUGGCCACGCACCUCGCUAUCCUACGACUCACGGCCAAUAUAUUAGGAUCCAAGAUCAGUCUUCCAAGAGCUCUGCAGAACUACUAUGCGAUGCUGAUCGUACUCCAAAUGGCGAACUCAAGCUGCUUACGCCGUGGAGUAGGCUUCGGUACAUGGCGCUGAAGAUGGGAUCACUACCACAUCCACUUCAGCAUAUUCAGGAUGUCAUGAACAAAUUUGAUACAUUCAUCCGAAAGCCGGAAGACCAAGAUGAGACGCUCCAUGUAUGGGGCGAACCCAAACAAGUUGAGCUCACCAUAGCCGAACUAUCACAGUGGGAGCAGGAUGUGCGCAACACUUUCGGCGAGAAUAAGACGUCUACCGCCUGGACCAAGAUGCAUGCGCUUGACGGUCGUGCGGAGCAUCGUCUGGACCGACGAAGCAAACAGAAGGCGUUGCAUCAACAUCUCAGAGAGGCCUCGCUACCCUACCCUUUUCAAGCUGCGCUGCUCUGGCCUAAGGAUAUGGACGUGGAUGAGUUUGAAAGUGUCAAUGAGGACGCUCUCGACCAACUGAGGGCCUUAUAUAUCUGCCGCAUCGGGUUUCCCCCGGCCGACAUUCAACACAUUAUCAUAGAAGCAUACCAAGAGCAGGACGUCAUGAAGCUCAUUAGCAGGAUACUCAAUCUUAUCAAGGAAACCAUCUCCAGAAGAGAUCAGCUUGUCAUGGUCAACAUGGUGCAUCUUCCAGAGUAUGAGAUCUACAGAGACAGAGUUGGAUUACAAGACAAGGACCCGCGAACGGAUUCAUACCUUCCUACGCUGCAUGGGAACCUAGCACCCAGUGAACAGGGAUAUGGAAAAGACCGACAAUCGACUCACAACAGCAACCGCAGAAAGACCCGAAGAGUACUUGACUCCUCACUCAAACGCUUGAGGUUGUCACAACAGCACGUACGCCUGAGAGUUGUGUUUGGGGAACUGGGUUUCACCCUCUUUCAAAAGCCGGCAGGUGGAGCAGACACGUACACAUUCGACGAUUUCAGUGCCAUGGUCACCAAAGGUCGGACCAAACUCACUCUCAACAGUCUUCCCGUUCGACAAGGCGACAUCAUGGACUUGCCCGACAUACUCGAUUCAAUGGAAGCAUUUUCGAACCGUACAGAAACCUACGGAGCAUUCUUUGACUUUCCUGCCAGAAGUGCAUACACCACACUCCGAUUGAAUACCUCAUUCACUCCCAACGCCAUAGGAGAAUUCGAUACUUUGGAGCAGCAGUGGUUGGAGAUCGGCGACAAGGUCUCAAAGCUGCAGGUCAGUUUGUUAAGCUUCGACCGACCCGACUUCCAAAUCACGCUGGACGCCUUCCCAUUGUAUCAUGAUGCAGAAUCCAGGCCGGAUAUGGAGAAGUUUCGGACCAAUCUGUCGUUUGAAGCAGCGCCUACCGGCAGUGGAUCAAGACCUCGCCGACGAGUCAAAUACCCUCCAGCUCCGCAAGUGCAGACCAUGUCCGAGCUGACAAUGAUCAAAUGGAAUUUCAAGCAGACAGACGGCGUCUUCGAGCUUCGUCGCAAAGACGUCUAUGACGAGAAACCAGGCAAGAGAAGCCCUUUCCCGGUUGAGACGAGAUGGCAUGCACUGUACUACUAUCCAGAAUGGGACAUCUUAAUGGGACAAUUCUCUAUCAUUAAGCCAGGAGAAGAUAUCAAAUGGGCCAAGUCAGUCGCAACCUUCUUCCCAGAGAGCGACAAGACGGGAAGCGCUUUACCACAAGGCUUCAAGAACUUCAUGACAGAGGUGGAAGAGAUUCAGGAAUUGCUAGCAGAAGCAAUCAGCCGGUUGGCCAAGGGAAAAAUGAGGGCGAAUGGCGUGAACGGAGGCCCGCAAUCUGUGAAUGGAAGUUGAUGAAGCCUCGUGGAGGACAUUGAGCGGCGAGUCCUGAUACUCAGUGGGUGCCCGGUGCCCGAAAAAAGAUUGAAGCUCGACGCAAAUGGUGAAUUUGUCUUGUAUUGGAAGUGAGGAAGACUUCAGCUGGCAAAAGCGGUGCAGAUUUUAUUUUUCUCCCUGCUGGUUUGGCUCAUUCUACCCUGCGGUUGCUUGCGCUUGUGGUCGACUGGUUCCUGAACUACCGGUCUGUUCAGCGAGCAUUUUUUGCCUCAGCACUAGAUGGAGCCAUUUUGUCAGAGUUGCGAUCUCAAAAUAUUACCAGGAACUUCA